AGUUGUGAUAAACAAAAUUGUACAAAGCUGAAAGUGCCGGUUUUUAUUCCAUUAUUUAACGAUUUUAAGUGAUAAAACAGAACAAAAUAAACUAAACUAUGAAUAAUGGUGUUAAUAGUGACGACGAAGUUGUUCUAGAACAAAGUUUCGUCAGAAAUACUCAACCAGUUGUGCAGAAUGGAUACGCGGACGGUCUCGCGGAUGGUCGCGAAACCAUUUAUCAGAAAGAUUUCGAUCGUGGGUAUCGGUCCGGUUUCGCGAUGGCUUUCAAGCUGGCACAACACCAGGGAUAUGCCGCAGGGCUUCAGAAACAGUUGGACAGGGAAGAUCUCGCCCGGAACAUCACGCAGGAUUUAAUCCUGAGACAGGAAUCGGCUCGGGCUCACUGUCUCCUUUGUAGGGAUAAAACGAUGGAGCAGAAAUGCCUUGACGAUAUUGUAAGUGCGCAAAAUAGUCAUAACGAUAGCGUUUCGGAAGUGUUGAAAGAACGAUAUAGGAUUUCGUAGUAAGAACAGAAACACGAUAGGUUAGAUUCAGUUGCGUAUCCAAUGCACUUUAUUUGCUUGCAUAUCUUUUUAGAGUCUAUGUAUUUUUUUUUGUAUUCGAUAUUCUUUUUAGGGUGAUGUGAGAGCAUUUGUACGUAGAAUACAUUGGCUGUAAAAUCGUCUACAAAUAAUGGUUCGCUUUGCCUUUGUUAUGUAUUGUAAUUAUUUUAGAAGUUGGAAUUCAAUAGGUCAACGAGCUGCGACAAAUGAG